AAAAGUUGUGCAGCUGCAGGAUCAGUCAGAGUAACUUUCCUAAAGAGCGCUGAAACAUCCCUGCUUGGUUCUUCCUUUCUGUUUUUUUCGUCUUUUCACAGCUUAAGUGAAGCUAAGCAGCAUCAUGAAUCUGUGGCUGAGCGGUUAUCUCCUGUUUGCAGCUCUGUUUCUGAGCAGCUCAGCACCGACACCUGAAGAAUGCCAACCUCUGAUCACGCCUUUGUCUCUGGCCGACCCCUCUGUGAUGUAUGGCAAAAUGCACUUCCUUGUGGGCUUCACUGAUCAUGAGGUUUAUAAAGCCUCACUCAAGUUAACUGACAGCUCCUGGGUGAAAAUCACAGCGUCACCAUCCAGCACCACUGAAGUUAUUAUGUCUCAGGAGAACCGGAUGAAUGGAAUCUGCUUAAGUUCAAGAUCGAAUGUGACCAUUGAAGGCAACACUGGAGGUGCAACACAUACCAACAUGUCUUUGACGUUCCAAGUGCUGCCAAGCUGCAAAGGGUGUCUGGUGUUCAGUGCAAACAGUACUUUAAAAAAUGCCAAGGAGAUUCUUCAACUUAUGCAAAUGGGUAGCCUAACUGAGGUUGAUGAGAUCCAUGGCAGAGCUCUGUAUCUUUUAGCUAAUGAGUUGACUCUGAAAGAGUCGGAUCUGGAGCAUUUCAAGAAGCAAGCAAGUUGCCUCGGCUUCUCUGGAGACCCAGACUAUACCUACAAUCCUGAGAAAAGUUUCUGUAAAGAAGGCGAAGGCAUCAGGAUGCCGUUCUCCCACUAGAUAACCUUGAGAUGGAGUAUCAUGAACCCGAUGAGCAGAAUGACCUAAAUAAUUUACCCGCAAUAACCUGCCAUCCCACCAGUUUGUUUGUUAGCUUCUCGAGUGAAAGCACAUCUCUCAUAAGACACAAAUACCUUAAGUUGAGUGUGAAAAAGAUGAGAGAAACAAAGGAUCAUUAAAAACAAAAAUGCA